AACUUGCACUGUUCUGUGAUUUUUCUUUCUUUUUCUCCCUUUUUUUGUUUUUUAUUGAAUUUGUCCUUUUAUUGUUUUUCUUUUUUUUUUUAAAUUAAUGCACUUUUUCCUUCUUUUAUCUUCAUUUUUAGUUGCUUUAUUCCUUUAAUACUUUCCCCCGAUAUUUACAUUUUGUUCUUUCCCCUUUUCUCUGGAUGUCCGAAUGGAUAUUAACGCCAACCCCAUUUUUUUCAUUCUUUCUUUUUGAUUGAUCUAUUAAUUUCUUUUUCUUUUUUGCUUUUUUAAAAAAAAAAUAUAUAUAUAUAUUUCUUUUUCUUAAAAUUUAUUUAUUUAAUAUAUUUAUUUUUCUUUUAAAAAAUAUUUUAUUAUAUGGCUAAUAUCAUUGUUAGAGUAAAUGGAUAUCGAUGCAGCCUCAUUUCUUCCUGUCUUCUUUUUAUUUAAUUAUUUAAUUUGCUUUCUUGAUUUAGACUAUCAAUUUUGGCAGUUAUUUUAUAGAUAUUUAUUCCCCACUUGCUUGCUAGCUUGCUUUCUUUAUUUUUAUUUAUUUAAUUAAUCAAUUUAAUUUUUUAUUUUUACAAAUUUUCUCUUGCUUUAUUAUUUUUAAAAAUGUUUUCAGCUGUACUGAAACACUAUCAUCGUUUCAGUCAUAGCGGUGUGUAAAGUUGGGUGUAAACCACGCUGCUUUUUAAGACGUUGCUUUAUUAACGGCAGGACAAAAAAAAUAAAACCGGACCUAUGAUAAAGCCUUGAGGGGCGCCAUAUGAUGAAAUGGAAAUUUCGCAUUUACAGUGUAAAUCUUGACUCUUCUUCAUUCAGUUCAUGAGCUGAAAAUCAUUAGAAGGGUGCCUUUAGUAGAGACGCACCAUUUUAUUUAAAUACACUCAGAGGGGAGACAGAAAGAGGGAGGUUUAUAGAGUGAUGAUACCUGAGAAUAGGGAUAAAUCCUCCCAUUCACAAAAAAUUGAAUCCAAAAAUGAUAAGAUUGAUAGUGCUGCUGCAAAUCUCAGGUUUGUAUUGAUGCGUUCAUUCGUAUGCGUUAUCGUUUCUCUGGUAACGGCUCAUCCGCUAGGACUUAAAAAUUGGGAUUUUAUGUCAUGAAUCUACACAAAAUAUCCCAUAAUACUGAGGUGUUUCAGGAAAAUUGAUUAGUAGUUUGAAAAACUAUUUACAAAUGUUAAAAAAAAAAAAAAAAAAAAUUUUUUUUUUUUUGAAGUAUUGACCUGAAGUUAUUGUGAAACCUCUAAAUUGAUUCUGAAGUGAACUGAAAUAAGCAGCUGAAUGGAGUUGACGUGUGUGCCGUUAUAAGUGUAUCACCUGGUCCCAGUGUAAAUACACCUGUUCCUGGAAGACCCCAGAAGCUGAACAAACGUCAUGGACACCAAGAAGCGAUGAAAUCAACGUUCUGGAGAAGUUUUAUAAUCUUGCAACACGCUGUUAAGGCCGUUAUUAAAAAAAAAAAUAGAACAAAUAUGGCACACCUAUGACACUGUCUAGUCAGAGAAGCAACAAAGAGGGCCAAGGAUAACUUCCAACAUGAUGCUCCCACCACCAUGCUUCACAGUGAGGAUGCUGUUCGAAGGGUGUCGGAUUUCCACCAAACGUAGCACAUUGUGACAAGUGCAAAAAGUUUCAUUGUGAUGUCAUUAGAUCAAAGAACCAUUUUUCACAUCUUUUCUGAGUCUCAAACAUGUCUUUUGGAAACUCGGAACAGGUUUUCACGUGCACAGCUUCUGAACAGCUGUAGAUGUCAACAGCUCAACCUUUAGAGUUACCCUUGGACUAUUGGUUGCUUCUCUGACCAAUCCCCUCUUUACCCGGACACUGACGUUUGUCUGCCUGUCCGUCCAACUGAGAUUCUCGUUUUAGUGCAAUAUCUCAAGAACGAGUGCUUGAAUGUUUAUCGGAUUUAUACGGGAUUAUCGUUUUAACCAGAAGAUUUCGAUUUUAGAAUGGAUUCAAAAAGGGUCAAGGUCAAAUGCCUGAAAAAGUUUUUCUUCAACAGCUUCCUUACAGUUGAAGUCUAUUUUAAAAAUAUUUCAGGUGUACACAUUUAGUAACAAGAAGGACUGGACGUCCCUUGGGCCAAGUCACGGGUUAAUAAGGGAUUUUACUGGCGCUCUGUGGAAACCCUGACUGAUAUUUUUCCAGAACAACCAAUCCUGGAAUUAGUCCGACAGCUCUGUUGUCUUUUCAAAGCUGCUGCUCCUUAAAAAUUGACCAGUGCUGAGAUGCGAGUCAUCAGUGAGCGACGUCUCCGGUUUUGCUCUUGAUGGACGAAAGAUGAAGAGCAGCUCUCGGCUGUGUUGUGUCAGCAUCAGGGAUGCUCCGGGUUCUGCUGAUCGUGUCUGCACGAGGGUCUGCACUGCAGAGGCUUUUCAGGCCAGAGUAAUGGAGCAUGAGUGAAGCUGAUGGGUUUAUACAAGAGGAUUCUUGCAUUUCAAUCAAUGGCUGCAGCAAAGUAAUCAAUAACAGUGACCAAAUUUGUGUGUAAAUAUGAAUUUAUUUGUGAAAAUAAAGUGCAUCUCUGAUUAGAUCUACACUCAAGGUGACUGCACAGAUUACAUUAGUGUACAUGCCCCCCUCCAACCUCCCACCCUUACUCACAUACACACACUAUCACGCGCAGAGUCAAUACUCUGGUGUGUGUGUGUGUGUGUACACUGUGCCAGCUGCAGCGAGUGUAUGAGCUCCUGCAGGCAUGCAUGGAUCUACAGACGGAUAAAAGACAGCAGACUAAUACAUCUGCCCUGAGGACAGGAUGGAGUUCGUGUGGAGGGCGAGGUUCUCUGUUCUACUUUUGCACACCUUUACCUGGGGCUGGACAGGCCAUGCACGAGCACUUGACCCCGCCCCCAAGAUUGAUGGACGCCAACAUUCCGAGGUCACUGUGCAAGAAAACAUCACUCGUAAUUUCAGUUGCCAAUCAGAGGGCUGGAUUCCACAAGCCCCUCCCCUGCUCUCCUGGUACCUCAAUGGUGAGAGACAGAGUGAGGUUUCAGGUAGCCGUGGGCCGGGGCGCCUGGUCAUGACGUCGCCGAAUGACAAGGGAAUGAUGAAGUACAGUGCAGAGCGAAACAGCACAUUCACUCUCCGGCCGAAGAAGUGGGAUCGUGAGCUGGUGUGUGCCGCAUCCAACCCGCAUGGUGGAGAGAGCUACAAUGCCACUGUUGUCCUUAACGUUCAGUUUCAGCCGGAGAUUCUGCGAGUCAACGCCCACUACAGCGAGACCUCUGACCCCGGGAUCUCCUUGGUGCUCUUUGCACUGGUUCGCUCCAACCCCCCCGCCACCAUCACGUGGGUGGAUCAGUCCGGCCAGCUGGUGGCCAACACCUCUGACUUCCUCAUCCUGGACUCGCGGAGCUACCCGUGGCUGGCCAAUCACAGUCUGCAGGUCAUGUUGAGCAGCCUAUCAGGAAACGUCUCGCUCAAUGCCAACAACAGCCUCGGCGCUGCCCACACCAACCUGACACUCACAGAAUUCCUGCAGUCUCGAGUAGAAGUGCCGGUGCUAGGGAUUGUCACGGGUGGUGUUGCGGGCUUCGUCACACUCCUCAUCCUCACUCUGAUGGUGCUCUGUCUUCUGCAUAAGGACAAAACCAAAAUCAUUGAGGAACCAGUCGCAGUUCCCAUGACCCAAGAAUGUAACAGAUCAGACAAUAUGCCAGUGAACAGCCACGUGUAUCUGCCACGUGAGAACAUGUCGCUGCCCUCCAACGUGCCGCUCAACGAACACAUCGCUCUCUGUAAAGGACGGCUUCCGAACUCCAAACAGAACACUUUAACACGGAAGACUAAAGAGGAGGAGGAGGAAGAGGACCUCUCGUUGGCCUACGCCGCCAGAGGUCAGAGGUCACGGCAUCUGAAAGUUUCGCCAGAUACCCCAUGGUCGGUUACAUCUACAAAGUAAGCAGCACAAGCAGCGAAGAGAUCUGGCUUUGACUGUAUUUCUCAACACACACACAUUACACACAUCACACACUCAUCCCACGAUGAACUUGCCCUUUUUAGAUUUUAAUAUAAAAAAAAUUAAAUAAAUUUAGUAUAGCAACCUCGAUUUAAUUUCAUAUCGCUUUUAUAUUAUAUAAACGAUUACCUAUAACUAUAUCUGUAAUUGAUAAUAUAAUGUAUACACACAAUAUUAUAAUAUUAUAUUAUAUAUAUUCGAAUAUAAAAUUUAAUAUUGUAAUUUAAUAUCGAAUUAUAAAUUAUGUAAUUAAUUUUCCUCCAAAACGUCCAAACAAGUCAUUUAAAAUAAAACAAACAAAUGAAUGAAUAAAUCCACAUUUUACCCAUGCUAGGUAUUCAGAUUUUAAAAUGGCUGCUGCAAACAUAGACAGUUAGAGUUCUUAUAAUGAAUGAAAGUAUUAAUUACAGAAAUGACGCCUUUAAAAGCUUUUCUUAAAGCUCUUAGGAAAGCUUAGAAAAAACAUUGAUAUUGGGUUGUAUGUUUAUUAUAUUGUGAGCUUAUCAUAUGACAUCAUUCCACCUCUCUCUCUCUCUCUCUCUCUCUCUCUCUCUCUCUCUCUCUCUC